AUGCACAGUCACAGUUCCAUUUCUGGACUCUCCCAUCGCAGCCGCUUUCCAUCCCUCAGGCACGUGGGCGAGAGACUGUACGAAGAGAAGGAAGACGACUGGGAGAGCGUUCGAAAGCCAUUCGAACCCCGAUGGGCCAUGCACGACCGAGCGACCCUCUGUUUCCAUGCCUAUUACCUCCAUCGUCUUUCGUAUCCCUAUCCCCUCGAUCCGUCUCGGAGAAAUACCCUCAUCAGGAUGGUGAAGAUCUACUAUCAUCUUCAAGAUGACACCAUCUCCGUCUUCGAACCUCCCGAACACUUCGAUUCGUUCCUCGCACUGCAGGAGUGGUUGAAUUCUGAAGGCGUUGAGGUGAACGAGGCGGAAGAAGUGCCAGAAGAGAGCGAACUGAAGGAAAGUGAAGACGCGGGAGAGCCCCGCUGA